AUGAACUCCCCCGAGUCCCUGGCCAUGGCGCUGGCGACACUGCAGGACUGGUGCCGCUGCCUGGGCGUGAAUGCGCAGCGCUCCCUGCUCAUCCUGGGCAUCCCUGACGACUGCCGGGAGGACGAAUUCCAGGAGGCCGUGCAGGCUGCGCUGUGGCCCCUGGGCAGGUACCGAGUGCUCGGCAAGGUCUUCAGAAAGGAGCUGGGGGCCAGGGCAGCCCUGGUCGAGUUUGCAGACUAUCUAAACCGAAGUGUGAUCCCGCGACAGAUACCAGGCAAGGGGGGACCCUGGACUGUGAUCUUCCUGCCCCAGGCCCAUGAUGCUGACUUACAGGACAGACCCGAUUUCCCUGCAAGGCCCCAGGGUCAAGCAGUGGCCAGAUGGGCAGGUGAGGCAGGAGCUACAGGUGAGUCAGGAGCUGCAGGUGAGGCAGGAGCUGCAGGAGAAGAAGCAGCAGCAGGUGAAGAAGCAGCAGCAGGUGAGGCAGGAGGUGCAGGAGAGGCAGGAGCUGCAGGUGAGGCAGGAGCUGCAGGAGAGGCAGGAGCUGCAGGAGAGGCAGGACCUGCAGGAGUGGCAGGAGGUACAGGAGAGGCAGGAGGUGCAGGAGAGGCAGGAGAAGCAGGAGCUGCAGGUGAGGCAGGAGCUGCAGGUCAGGCAGGAGCUGCAGGAGAGGCAGGAGCUGCAGGUGAGGCAGGAGCUGCAGCAGCUUCAGGAGAGGCAGGAGCUGCAGGAGAAAGCUGGGCCGAGCACUUGAGGCAGGCUUUGGAGGCUAUGUUGGAAAACUUGCCCUACCAGCCACUGAGAACCUUUACUGGAAUGGAAGAGCCAGGCCGCAGGGAAGAGUUCUUUGAGAGCUGGCUGAGCCAUGCCAAGGACAUGCUGUACCUGUGGCGCAACAUAUCUGAAAGGGAGAGGAGGAGGCGGCUGAUGGAGAGCCUGGGGGGCCCUGCCCUGGGUCUCAUGUGUGGCCUCCUGGCAGAGAAUCCUGACACCCCAGUGCAGGACUGCCUGGCCGAGCUCGUGCAGGUGUUUGGGAGCAAGGACAGCCGGGUAAGGGCACGGCUGAUGUUCCUGACCUGCGCGCAGCGUCCCGAGGAGAAUCUGUUUGCCUACGUGGUGCGCCUGGAACGCCUGCUGCAUGAGGCCAUAGAGAAGGGGGCCUUCCACCCGGCCAUCGCAGACCAGGUGCGAGCCCGGCAGGUGCUGCUGCAGGCCCGGCCCAACGCGACGCUGCGGGACAAGCUGCGGAGGAUGCGGCUAGAGAGGAGGCCGCCUGGCUUCCUAGGGCUGCUGCGACUCAUUCGGGAGACCGAGGCCUGGGAGGCGGUUCUAGAUGUGAUGGAGCAGGAGCUACGCACAAAAGAGGAAGGGACCCCUGGGGAUGGUGGAGACCCAGCUGCCGCCCAGGCCGCCCAGGCCGCCCCUGCCACGGGAGGCGCAGCUGAGGCAUCCCCAGCCCGUGACGGUGCCAGCCAGGCUGUUCCUGUCCGUGCAGAUGCUGCCCAGGUUACUGCCGGUAUCCCGGGAGCCGCCCAGGCCUCCCCUGCCCCUGAAGAGGUCGCCGAGGCCUCCCCUGCCGCUCAGGAAGACGACAGUGUCCCUGCCCCUGCGGGCCUGGGUCAGGCAGGACCCACUGAGGCCCCUGGGACUCCCCCCACAGCCCACAUAUGCAGUGUUUCUGGGGCGAGCCCAGGAGGUCCUGGCCGGGUGCCCGAGAGCCGGGCCCAGGCGGGAGACCAGGAGUCCGACGAGGCCCCCCUGGAUGGGGAGGAGUAG